AUGGAAACGGAGAGCACGAAGAUGACCGAGCUAUUUGCGUCGCUGCAGACGGCGCAAUAUGGCGACACGGACUCUGGAGCUACAUCGCCGGGUCCUGGCGCGCAAGAGACUGGCAAUAGUGUGGAUCCUCAACGAGUCACAAGAUCAAGGCCGAGGACCUAUCCUUACUCUCGAUAUCUUCCGUACAAGGUAGAAAGUGGAGAAGAACAGCUGUCGUUUCUUAACGAAAUCUUGAGGCAGCUGUACAUUUGCGUGGAAGCUGGAGACUUUGCCGUAGGAGCAGUACACUGGACUCGAGCGUUGAGGAACUGGCUUGAGCUCAAGUUCGAACUCACAAAAGAGCAGAGGGUCCGUCUCGUCAAACUUUAUUAUGAGUUGGCACUUGCACCAGGUGUCGAUCCCUCCGCAGGUGAGAAGUUCGCAAGUACCUUCACGGUCUUGCUAAAACGGAAACACUAUCUUAAGAGUGGCGUAGAUAUCACACUUGAUUGGAGACCGCUGUUCAGGGAGCUGAAGGGUUUAGUACUCCCAUCUGAAUCUGGCAUUGCACAGACACAUGGUAUGAAGCGAAAUUAUCGCUCGUUGACCAAGAUGUGCACAUUCGCGCAACUUUACUUUGACCCGAAAGAGACUCCCAGAAUUUUCGAGGAGAUUCUGCCUUAUUUCACUACAUCAGUCACGGAAAAUGCUUACAUCGUUUCUGGAUUGACGAAUCUUCUGCUCCCCACUCAGCCCGCUGCCGGGGGCUUUGACGGCCUCCUACCGCAGACAUUUAUGCCAACUCUAUUCCAUCUAUGGUCGCUGGUGAAUCGAUCAAAAGUGGUCGAUACUACCUAUAUCGAUCUCCUGUCGAGGCUCGCAAGAGAUCACUUGACCGGAUCAAGCACCCCAUUUUCCGAGUUUGGUAUAUUUACAGAGGAACAAUCAUCCACCAUUUUCACAGCAAUCCUCCGGCUUCUUGAGAUACCGGUUGGUCAAGCCACGUCUCCAUAUAGCGCGUCGCUAGAUAUCACUGUCGGACUCGCGAUUUAUUUGGAACGAGAUCCUAGAAAACAUCCCGUAGCUCACAACAUUGCCAGAUGGAUAGUAUGGUCGCUUUCGCCGUCUAGUAUAGACAAACCGCAUUCUGUGAUGUCAAACCUUGAGGGUCUCAUACAAGCCGUUGAGACAUUUUUCCAUCCCUCAAACUCGGGUGGUUGGACGAGAAGCCUCUCGCAGUUAGUACAUUCUCUCUGUGACUUUUUUGUCAUGCGGUGGAAUAGGGAACGUAAAGGCGAAAUGGACACGCCGACAGAAAGGCGAAUUGACCAAGCACUGAAGCACCGAUUCGUUCUUUGCCUACGCGACGUAGUGUUCAUGGGUAUUUUUGCAAAAAGUGGCUCUGCUAUGGACCUCUCACUAGCAAGUCUGCAAUGCCUUGCCUACUUAGAGCCAAGCCUAGUUUUGCCUGGUGCACUUCAACGCAUCUACCCUUCGAUGCAGGGUCUUGUCGAAGUGCAUCGGACCACUUCGUCUUUGCGAGCUCUCCAGGUCCUGUCGAAGAUCCUCGUCCGUACAAAAGGCUUUAGAUGUCACGUCACUACGCUACUUGGCCUUGCACUUCCUGGUAUUGACGCCAAUGAUUUAGACAAAACUCUGUAUACCCUUGCAUUUAUCCAAUCUAUAUGUUAUAACAUUCCACUGCAAGAUCUGACGAAAGGGAGGGAGGAUGUGACCGGGAAUAUGCUAGCAAUGGAAUGGAUUACAAACGAAGUCACUAGAAUGGAGCAAGAAGGCGUUGAUGUGCAGAUGGACUAUUCAGAUGGCCUAAGCGAUCAAGACGAGGAGUUAAUCCUACGCUCGUCGACUGCAGGCUUUGCCGAAUUUCUGAGCUCCUUUCUUGGCCGAGUUUUCACACUGCUGGAAAACCUGCCUGACGCUGCACGGACACGUACAGGCUCCCCCGAAGAGAACGUGAUCAAUACCCUCCCAGCUACGUUCCUGCCACUUCUUGGGUCUUUAUCCCCUGAGCUUUUCGACAUUGCCUUGAACAAAAUAGCUGACUUCGUAGCCAAUCACGUCAUACAUCAAGCUCGCGAUGCAAUGGCUUUCAUAUGCAGCGCCCUGGCCAAAGUCAAUCCACAAAAAACACUUAGGCGACUAGCCCCCGCCUUAAUUGCAUCUAUCAGAUCUGAGAUUGACGAGAACGGCGCUGCAUCUACCCGGAAUACCGGCAACGAGGUAUUACCAAGAGAUCGCGGACUCGUCUGGAAUGUCAGCAUGCUCAGCAUGAGCGUAGUGCAUGUCGGUGAACCUGUUCUACAAUACCGCCAAGAGCUUUUUGACAUUGCCAUCUACAUGCAGGAUAAAUGUAAAGGCGUUCCAACGCUCCACGUUUCAAAUUUCUCACAUCACCUUCUCCUGAAUCUCACCGGCACAUAUACCGUAGACUGGAGUCUCUAUGAAGAUGGUAUGAUCGAUCGAGGCGUCGGUCCUAAUGACUGGGGCACAACUCCAGACCCGCAGAAUUUAAACAUCAAAUGGCACGUGCCGAAUAGCGAAGAGUGUCAAUUUGCCUUGGAUCUAGUCAAAGCGCAAGGAGGGCGCGCGCUGCAGCAAUUGCAGAGUCUAAUUGCAGGAACUUCAACAGUUAAAAGGGACGGCAAGGGCAAAGAGUGGUCUGACGAAGUUUCGCGCAAUCUCAUGCUUACUCGGUUGCUCCUCUCUGGGGUUUCUGUACUUUUCGACCCAAGAGGUAUCGAUACUGCCACUCCGGAAGAAUCAGAAUCAAGCAGUGAUGCAGACAUGCCUGACGCUAAUGAGCUUGGUUCUGACAAAUUGUCAGGAGAGCAAGCAGACGAUGCACUGGCAAACACUAAUGACGACUCUGUCAAGCCCGUUUUUCGACUACCAGCAGGAUAUGUUCUUGACGAUGACGAUGCUCUUUAUGAAGACCUCCACUCCUUUCGAGACCGGGUGGGGACGACCUUACAUGAUGUACAUCAGUUCCUCAUCUUAAACCAGGAGGACGACGUUGCCUGUUUUGGACCGCUUUAUUCUGCUUACAGGUCUUGGUUUAUUGACGUGGGACUUGAGAGGUCCGCUAAAGUAUUGGAUCGCAAUCUCAGGCUGCUUGCUGCCGACAUCCAUCCUUACAAAUUGAGCGGACUACGCAAGGAAUAUCCAAGGCCACUUCUUGUUCGAAGGGCACUUGUCUACCAUCUGCAACGCUUACGCUACAAUGCUUACCCUCGCCGGCAGACGGAAAUGGCGCGGAAAUUACUUUUCGAUCUUGUGGAGGGAGCAAUCUCAUCCUAUACAGAAGUCCGCCGGCAGGCUCAAAGCGCCGGAGAAGCGGCUUUCAAAGUGAUCAUUGGCUCUCGAAGCUUAGUGAUACCGACGCUCCUCAACGCAUUUGAGAAAAGUGUCAAAGAGAACGAUUUUCCGCGCAUCAAAGGAUCGCUGUAUUCGCUUCUGUUUAGUACCCUCACUCGUCCGAUAUCACGUAAUUGGCGCUACGCACCCUCAGUAAUAAAAACAUACCUCUCGGCCAGCAUGGCGGAUAAGCAAUCUAUUCAGCGACUUUGUUCAACAGCAACUUUAUCAAUAAUGGAUAUUGGAAGACCGUUAGAACGAAUGGCUAUCCUUGACAGAGAAACCAUACAACUGAUUGCCCCCACGGAAGACGUACAGACCAAGAUCGAGAAGAAAAAAUCUUUGUUGGUGCGACAGAGAGCUGCAGUAGAGAAGAAGAAGGCAAGCUUAUCUACCGCGUUGGUGGAGAAAGCCCGCAAGUCACACUGGAAGCAGGCUAGUCGGACUGCGGCGAUUGUCAUCUCCCUUGGCAUGAGAUUUGACAACAUUGCCUCCGAGGACAUUGUAGACCUCGUCACACGAGGAGCAAUCAAUGAGCAUCCUAAUCUACGAGGCCUUUACACUGGUGCAUUCACUGCCUUGAUGUCCUUGAUUGAGUCUCGAGCAGCGGCUGGUCACCAGUACGAAAAUUAUCUGCUAGAUAAACCCUAUCUCCCAGCAAAAAUAAAGGUCGAAAGCAAACAAGAAGAUUCGGGAUGGACAGAUCGAUUUCUGGCGAAAUUCUCUAAGCCAGAGGCAGAAUACUAUGUUGACAGCGAUCAUCCAGGCUGGCUUGUAUGGACAAGCUCAUUUCCUGCAUACAAGGCAGAUCCUGACAAGGAUCUCGAGUAUGAUGAAAAGGAGACUCAGGUGCGCACCCAAGUGGGUUCGCUACUUGACCGCAAUUGGUUCUCUCAAACCUUUGAUCAGAUCAAGCAAGAGCCAAGGGACGCAUCUGCUGAUCGAUUUCAUGUGACUAACGCUUUGUUUCUGGCUUAUACAUUCGAGCUUGUCUCUGAAGGACUUACGAAGGCGCGAUUUGAUGAUAUCAAGGAGGAGGUGCAGAGAACAUUAGGCGAUGGUACAGACAGACAUCAACACCGAGCCACGUCAGAAAUUUUGGCCGCUAUAUUGACAUCCGCUAUUGACAAACCGAUGAAACGUCGAGUUCAGAUGUGGGAAUAUGUGUUUCCUAUCGUCUCCGAUAUAUUUUCGGAUGGCUUGACGCCUGAGAAUGUAUCAUACUGGACGAACUUCUUGCACUUUGUCAUACAAGCCAAAGAUCCCAGGCGGAGUUGGCCAAUAGUAGAUUGGCUAUCAUCUUUCAGACUCGACAUGUAUUCAAACGCUGCGUUCAAAGAGAGCUGCAAAAUUCGCCUCUUACAGCAGUGUAUAUCAGAUAUGGGCUGGCAUUUCCAACUUGAAAAGCCCAUUCUUGCUGAUUUUCUCAAACAUAUAGAUCAUCCUUACAAGGGCGUGCGUGAGGCUCUCGGUCAGAGUCUUGCGACAUUGUAUCGAACAAGAUAUCACGAAUCUUAUAAAGAUGUCGAGACUCUGAUGAAAGCACAACGUGAAGCUUCUUCCCUGGGGACAAGGCCUUAUACGCCUACGUCAGAGUUUAUCAAUAAUAUGAAGGACGUUUUCGAAAGGAUAGAGCAGUGGAGGCAAGCACGUCCCUCUGGACAACAAACGCCAUCAUCCUAUACUUCUGGUAGCAAGACCGUGUUGCUCUGGCUCGAUUCCAGCCUCGCGUUUUGUGAAUGUACACAAUAUACCCAAUUCUUUCCAGGCCUAUUUCUAGAGCAGUUGCUGCAUAUGAUGGAUGUGAAAGAGGACCAGGAAUUGCAAGGUCUUGCCUACCACGUUUUCAGGCAUAUUCCUAAUAUUCCACACCGGGUUGGGGAAGACGCCGAGCUCAUCGCCGCUCUAAUACGCAUUGGACGAUCAUCCCCCCUUUGGCACCAGCGUCUGCGAGUUUUAAUCAACAUGCAGGUCAUCUUCUUCCGUCGGCUGUUCUUGAUUUCUCCCCAACACCAACAAGAUCUCUUCGAUUGUGUAGCAAACAUGCUCGAGGAUGUCCAGCUUGAGGUGAGACUCGGUGCUUCAUCAACUUUGUCUGGCAUGGUCAGGUGCUCACCUGCCGCCUUACGCUCUGAAUUCAUCGAUAAACUCAACCAGAGAUUCACAAAAAUGUUGAUUGAUUCGCAGCUGCCAAAGAAAGCACGCAGUGCACUCACAGCCGCAGACAGCGGGACUAGUACACCGACGCCGGAACAGACACGGAGAGUUUUGUUGCGUCACGCAGCAGUCCUGGGCCUUGGAGCAUUGGUACAAGCGUUUCCCUACAGCUCACCACCCCCGAAAUGGAUCCCUGGGGUAUUGGCAACGCUUGCUAACAAGGCGAACAACGAUCCAGGGAUGGUAGGCAAGAGCGUGAAGAGCAUUCUGAGUGACUUUAAGAAGACGAGGCAGGACACAUGGCAGAUGGAUCUUAAGGCUUUCUCCCAGGAACAGGCAGAGGAUCUCGACGGUGUUCUGUGGAAGAGCUACUUUGCUUGA